AUGGGUAGUAACAUCAAUAACAAUGGAAAUGAAACUUUAUUUGGUGUUACUUCAUCUACUGAAGGAUUUACACCUUUUUCAGUAGAUUCGACUCAUGCCUUUUAUGUACGCCCAUCUGAUAGUCCGGGGAAUCGCCUCGUUUAUGAUAUUUUUGAUGGAAAUAAAUUUGUCUUAUGGCAUAGAAAUAUGUUAAUUGCUUUGUCCGCUAAGAACAAAUUAGGCAUUCUCACGGGUAAAGAAGCACAACCUACCCCUGAAUCUCCUUCCUAUCCAUAUUGGGAACAAUGCAAUGACAUGGUUAUCGCAUGGAUCACCAAUUCCCUUUACAAAGAUAUAUCUUCUAGUCUCAUGGGUUUUAGUACUGCUAAAGAUAUCUGGACUGAUAUUAAUAAAAGAUUUGGGCAAUCCAAUGGGUCAAAGUACAUUCAGCUGCAAAGAGAACUAGAUACCAUUACUCAUGGAUCUUCUGAUAUUGCAGCAUAUUUUACUAGAUUAAGAACUCUCUGGGAUAAACUAAGUAAUGCCUAUGUAGGACCUGACUAUAGUUAUGGUGCUCUAGCCAAACACCUUGAAGAACAAAAACUUUAUCAAUUUCUUGGAGGUCUGAAUGACUCUUAUACCACUUGCAAAAGUGCGAUCAUGUUGAUGUCUCCUCUGUCUUCCAUAAGUAGGGCAUAUGCAAUGUUGCAACAUGAUGAGAAGCAAAAGGAAGCUUCUAGUCCUAUUCCCAGUUUUUCCAAUGAGUCAGCCUCUUUCUCUGCUUCUUCUUCCCACCAAAACAAUCCCAGAGGUUUUAGACAAAGGAUACAGUUUGACUCCAAGAAAAGCUUUCCUCCAUUUUCUUCACCACAAGUUUCAUCCCUUUUCUGCAAAUAUCGCAAAAAGUCUAGGCACAUCAUUGACAAGUGCUACAGGCUUCAUGGGUACCCUCCUGAUUUUAAAUUCACCAAGAACAAGAAAGUUGCUUCAUGUGUGUAA